AAUAUAGCAGCUCCGCUGAGGCAGUAGUGCGCAGGGGUAGUGCGGCGGGCGGGGACCGAAACCCAGAGGCCAGAGCAGCGAGCGCCAGAGCGGCCUGGAGAAGGGCGAGCGCCAUGAGCAACAAUUACGAUGUGGUCGUGGUGGGGGGCGGCAUCUCAGGUAUGGCAGCAGCCAAACUUCUGCAUGAUAAUGGCUUGAAUGUGGUUGUUUUGGAAGCCCGGGACCGUGUAGGAGGCAGGACCUAUACCAUUAGGAACCAAAUGGUUAAAUAUGUGGACCUUGGAGGAUCCUAUGUUGGGCCAACCCAGAAUCGUAUCUUAAGGUUAGCCAAGGACCUGGGAUUGGAGACCUACAAAGUGAAUGAAAUAGAGUGUCUGAUCCACCACGUAAAGGGCAAAUCAUACCCAUUCAGGGGCCCAUUACCAUCUGUGUGGAAUCCAAUUACCUACCUAGAUUAUAAUAAUCUUUGGAGGACAAUGGAUAACAUGGGACAAGAGAUUCCCAGUGAUGCACCAUGGAAGGCACCCCUUGCAGAAGAGUGGGACCACAUAACAAUGAAGGAGCUACUAGACAAGAUCUGCUGGACAGAAUCUGCAAAGAAGCUUGCUACUUUCUUUGUGAACGUGUGUGUCAGUGCGGAGACCCAUGAGGUCUCUGCUCUCUGGUUCCUGUGGUAUGUGAAGCAGUGUGGGGGCACAAUUAGGAUCAUCUCAACAACCAAUGGAGGGCAGGAAAGGAAGUUUGUGGGUGGAUCUAGUCAAGUGAGUGAGCGGAUAAUGGAUCUCCUUGGGGACCGAGUGAAACUAGAGAGGCCUGUGACCCACAUUGACCAGACAGGAGAAGAUGUCCUUGUGGAGACCUUAAAUCAUGAGGUGUAUGAGGCUAAGUAUGUGAUUAGUGCUAUUCCUCCUACUUUGGGCAUGAAGAUUCAUUUCAAUCCCCCUCUGCCAAUGAUGAGAAACCAGCUGAUCACUCGUGUGCCUUUGGGUUCAGUCAUCAAGUGUGUUGUUUACUAUAAAGAGCCCUUUUGGAAGAAAAAGAAUUACUGUGGAACCAUGAUUAUCGAAGGAGAGGAAGCUCCAGUUGCCUACACGUUGGAUGAUACCAAACCUGAUGGCAACUAUGCAGCCAUAAUGGGAUUUAUCCUUGCCAACAAAGCCAGAAAACUGUCUCGUCUUACCAAAGAAGAAAGGUUGAAUAGACUUUGUGAGCUCUAUGCAAAAGUUCUGGGCUCCCAAGAAGCUUUGCAGCCGGUGCACUAUGAAGAGAAGAACUGGUGCGAAGAACAGUACUCAGGAGGUUGCUACACAACCUACUUCCCCCCAGGAAUCAUGACUCAAUAUGGAAGGAUUCUACGCCAGCCAGUGGGAAAGAUUUAUUUCGCAGGCACUGAGACUGCCACACACUGGAGUGGCUACAUGGAGGGUGCUGUGGAGGCUGGGGAGAGAGCAGCCCGAGAGAUCCUGCAUGCCAUGAGGAAGAUCCCAGAGGAUGAAAUUUGGCAGUCUGAACCAGAGUCUGUGGACGUCCCUGCACAGCCCAUUCCCACGACCUUUUUGGAGAGACAUUUGCCCUCUGUGCCAGGCUUGCUGAGGCUGAUUGGACUGACUACCAUCUUUUCAGCAAUUGCUCUUGGCUUCCUAGCCCACAAAAGAGGGCUACUUUUACGGGUCUAAAGAUAAGGCAUCUUUAAUCACACCUUCUUCUUACUUUACUUGAUGUAUGGGUUUGGGGAAGGAGUUGCAGUAAAGUUCCAUGAAAACAUACAGACUCUAGAGUGAGGUGGGGACCAUGAAGAUAAGUCAGACUACUGACCAUGGGAAGCAGUAUCUCUAUCUCCAUUUUGGUCCCUGCUUAUUAUCCCCUACUUGGCUUAGCACUCUGUCCUGCCUAUUUCCAAAUUUACUGCCCCAAGAAUCUCCUCAGUAGUUAAGCAGUCUUGUUUAAGGUCCUUGCUGAACCACAGCACACCUUGCCCAUGCACAAAAAAAUAGUUUUUGCCCCACUUCUGUAGCUUUUUACUUGUUCUUCCUCUAACCUGCAACAUCCUCAUCUUCCAAGUUCUCUGCAUUUGUCCUUAGAAUCCAGUAUUGUUAUAGCUGGAAGACCAUAGAGACCAUCUAGCCCUCACCUUCUAUCUUAGAGUUAAGCCACCUAAAGCUGAGAGAGGUCGAACUUAAUUGCCCAAGGUCCACAAUAAGCCACUAAUAUUUUGGAGACUAGAACACAGGUCCAUUGCUUUUCCCUCCUCCUGUGAUAUAUGCCCCAAUAACCCUCCUUUACUCCCUGACAUGGUUGCUGAUGGUGACCCCUUGUAUGAAUUUAUUCUGUACUAAGUUGUUAUGCGAUACUACUAUACUACUCCUACUGUUCUAAUGCAAUAAAGUUGAUUCACCAGA